UCUAGCUUUAAGCCGUUUCUGCCGGUGUUGAUACUCGGUUCUCUAAUCCAGCUCACUGCCACCGGCUCUCGGGUUGCCGAUGAACGGCGACAUGGCCGCGUCCUCACACCGGAUAACGUUCGGCCCGUUGGUUGCCGCCAUCGACCAGGGCACGAGCUCCACCCGGUUUCUGGUGUUCAAUUCAAAAACAGCAGAGCUCCUCAGCCAUCAUCAGGUGGAAAUCAAACAGAGUUUCCCCAAAGAAGGAUGGGUGGAGGAAGACCCCAAAGAAAUUCUGCAGUCGGUGUACGAGUGCAUGGAGCGGACGUGUGAAAAGCUCACCCAGCUCAACAUCGACAUCUCGAACAUUAAAGCUAUUGGAGUGACCAACCAAAGGGAGACCACGCUCGUCUGGGACAAAGAGACCGGGGAGCCCCUCUACAAUGCAAUUGUUUGGCUAGACCUGCGGACUCAAGCAACAGUUGAAGGUCUUAUUAACAAAACUCCAGGAAGGAAUAAGAACCACUGGAAGCACAAGACGGGGCUCCCGAUCAGCACUUACUUCAGCGCGGUGAAGCUUCGCUGGCUGAUGGACAACGUGGACGAGGUCCACGAAGCCGUCGUGUCUCACCGCGCCAUGUUCGGCACCGUGGACUCCUGGCUCAUCUGGUGCUUGACCGGGGGCAAGUCGGGCGGCGUCCACUGCACGGAUGUGACCAACGCCAGCAGAACCAUGUUGUUUAACAUUCACACGUUGGACUGGGACCCAGAACUUUGCAAAUAUUUUGGUAUUCCCAUGGAGAUCUUGCCCAAAGUGAGGAGCUCAUCAGAAAUCUACGGUCUCAUGAAAUCUGGAGCUCUUUCGGGGAUCCCCAUCUCAGGGUGUCUCGGGGACCAGUCGGCCGCGCUGGUCGGACAGAUGUGUUUUCAGGACGGACAGGCGAAGAACACGUAUGGAACUGGCUGCUUUCUCCUGCGCAACACAGGACCCAAGCCCGUGAUGUCCGACCACGGCCUCCUGACCACCGUGGCGUACAAACUCGGUCGAGACCAACCCGCCUGCUACGCACUCGAGGGCUCUGUGGCCAUCUGCGGAGCCGUGGUCCGCUGGCUGCAGGACAAUCUGGGGAUCAUCGAAUCAGCCGAAGAGCUCGAGAAGCUGGCUGCGUCAGUCGGUACGUCCUACGGCUGUUAUUUCGUUCCGGCUUUUUCCGGCCUCUACGCUCCGUACUGGGAGCCCAGUGCAAGAGGGAUCAUUUGUGGGUUGACUCAGUUCACCAACAAGAGGCACGUGGCGUUUGCCGCACUGGAAGCCGUGUGCUUCCAGACCAAAGAGAUACUGGACGCCAUGAACCAGGACAGCGGCAUUCCGCUGACUCAGCUCCAGGUGGACGGAGGGAUGACGUCCAACAGGCUGCUGAUGCAGCUGCAGGCCGACAUCCUCUGCAUCCCUGUUGUGAAGCCGUCCAUGCCGGAGACCACGGCUCUCGGCGUGGCGAUGGCGGCGGGAGCGGCGGAGGGGGUGAGCGUGUGGAGCCUGAACCCCGAGGACCUGAGCGAAGUCACGUCGGAGAUGUUUGAGCCGCAGAUCAACCCCAAAGAGAGCGAGUUCCGGUACGCUCGGUGGAAGAAGGCGGUUCAGAAAUCCAUGAACUGGGAGACGACGGAGCCCGUUGCUAACGGAAACGGUGAGCCGAGUAUCUUCAGCAGCGUCCCGCUGGGCCUCUACGUCAUGGGCAGCCUGCUGAUGCUCGUCGGAGCCAAAUACCUCGCAGGCCCCGACUAGACUGGUGGAGGAAUCGAACGCUCGUCACGCCGGACCGGCACCACCACCACCACCACCACCCGCUGCUGCUGCAUUACCCAAUACCAGGACAACAACGACUUAUACUCUCUUAUUCUCUUCUUUUUUUGGUCCUGUAUCUUUCUCUGAUACAUUAGAGAUUAAUUUUAGCACGAGUGUGCAUGCAGUAUUUAAUUUCUUCCCCGUGUUGAUAUGUUUAUGGUACCGAUGGGUUCUCAGUUCUGUGGUCUUCCAGCGGCCGUGUGUCCCGUCUGCGUUCGGAGUGUUUCAAGCCUCCACUUUGAGGCACACAGCACUUUAUGUUUUUGUCUUGUGGGAUCUGUCUACUCACGGAGUUUAAUCUAUAUUUUUUCUAACAGUUGGGAUUAAGAUGAAAAUGUUGAGUUUUCUGAGAUAUGAAAAUAAGUGAUAGUUGAGUACUGAGUUUUUUUUCGUUUAGAGAAAGCUCUUGUAUUCGUAGUCAUGUUCUUAAACUGUAAAAUGUAAAAUAUGUGAAGACGGGCAACGAUGAAUCAACACACAGAAAAUAUGAAGACCUAAAAAGACACAUGUAGUCGUCUUUAAACAUUCUCCCAAAGUGGAGCGACAAAGAUCAAAAACUGAAGCAGCUGUUAAUAGGUGAUUUAUUUUGUAGAUCAUAUCUUCAGAAAAUCUUUUUUCUUGACCUAUUAUGGUUAAAAUCUCCAGUUUGUGUCUAUAUAUGAUCAUCAAAACAGAAAAAUGUGUGAUGUUGAUGUAAUUUGUUAAAAUCUGGUAACUGCACGUAGCUUUAAAAAAAAUGUGAUCAGCUUUAUUGCACCUUUUUAUAUUAAACCUUUUAAAUGAAGACACAAUUCAAAAGGGAGAUUUAAACCAAGGAAAAACAAAUUGUUACGCUUGAUGAGGUCACUAAUGUGUAUUUAUUGUUUGCUCUGCACAUUCAUGAAGUCACUUGUUCAACCGAAGGGAUGAAGUGUAUUAAAUGUGCUCUUUUGGGGUGUAACCACAA